AAUGGUUCGAUAGCUCGAUAUCCAACUGUAUUUUUUUUCUCUUUGGAAACUAACAGCAAGCAGCAUCCGGUACAUAAAUUUCGGACAUUCCAAUAAUAAUUAAAGGUCCUUGGACGCCAAGAAACUUGAAGAAUUUAAUCCAUUCCCGUCCUACAUAUUCAAAUUUCUAAACUAUGGCAGCAACUGCAUUGGCACAGGAAAAGAUUUGGGUGGAUAAGCCUUCUUACGACAAAGCUGAGUGCCUUUUUCACGAAAGAGCUGCAAAGCUUGGGACAUGUUGCAAGGUGGUAUCUCGUAAGAAUCUGGAUCAAUGUUUGCUUAACUCUAAUAGCUGUGCAUCCGUUGAGCAAGAAAGUCCCAUAAUUACUAACAUUCAGACUAAAGCCAAGCCUAAAAAGUCUAAGGACAAUAAAGCUUCUGACAAUGCUUUAAGUGAAAAUGCUCAAAAUGCCAAGAACCAAACUAAGAGUGUAAAAUCUAGUAAAAAAAGAGAAGAACCUGCUUUGGAAAAAGAAGAGGUUCUUGAAAAUGAAAGUAAAGAGGCAGAGGUUUCCCCUAAUUCCAAUGGUAAAAAAUACAAGGCUAAAGAAGCGAAAGAAAAAAAGAAUAAGGCUGAUAAAAAGCACAGGAAUAAGGAGGAGGAUAAGGGCAAAGUAGAGGAGUCCAAAGACAAGUUAUUAUCUCAGGGAAAUCCAGAGUCCACUUGCUCAGUCCUUCCUACUACUGGUGGAAGUUUAGCCAACGAGGUCGCCAAGGCUCGUCAACACAUUAAACAGUCUUUACAGUGUAUGGACGGAAUCGCUGCAAUGGCUGGUGUUCCUUCUUCCCAGGACGUCUCGUCCCGUGUGACAUUUCUUGAGAAAGAAAAUCAAGAACUUAAAAAUAUCGUCGGAGAACUGAAGAGCAUAGUCGUACAACUAGAUAAGCGUGUAUUAGAACUAGAGGCAACAAAGCCUCAAAUAGCAAUUUGUCCUGCAAAGCCGAGCGAAAAGAAACCAGUACCUGCUCAGGCCGAGGAAGAAGAUGAUGUAGAUCUUUUCGGCUCAGACUCAGAGGGCGAGGAUGAGGAGGCUGCGAAAAUCAGAGAGGAACGUCUUGCAGCUUACAAUGCCAAAAAGUCAAAGAAGCCUGUUCUCAUUGCCAAGUCGAACAUAAUCUUGGACGUGAAACCCUGGGACGAUGAGACCGACAUGAAAGCCCUCGAGGCAGAGGUUCGAAAAGUACAAACCGACGGUCUUCUUUGGGGAGCUGCCAAGUUAGUACCUUUGGCAUAUGGAAUUCAAAAACUCCAAAUCUCCUGUGUUGUCGAGGACGACAAAGUUUCAGUUGAUUGGUUGACUGAAACGAUUCAAGAAAAGGAAGAUUAUGUCCAAAGUGUCGAUAUUGCCGCCUUCAACAAAGUCUAAGUGAAUUUUAAAUGAAAUGUGUUAUUGAGGACAUUAGUCAUAACUGCGAAAGGGCUUACAGUGCCAUUUUUCCAUUCCACUAGCAAUAUCCAUACGAGAAUAAUCACUAGAUAACAUUCUUUUUGCCCCCUUCUGCCCAAUGUAAAAAAAAAGAAACUGAAAGAAAACGACUGACUGGAACUAAAUAGGACGACGGAAGUUGCUUUGCUGCUCAAAUUUGCGUCAGGAUUAAGAUUAAUAUAACAUUAUAUUGAUGGAAGACGAACUUACUGAUUUAGGAAACAAUUAUUUUUAAAAUUGACGUUACUUUAUUAUGUACUAAAAAAGGACGAAGCGUGUUUUUAAAAGACUUUGUUUUAUGUGUAUUUCGAGACGUUUGUCUGAUUAUUUUUAGAGUGGAGCACUUGUUCGCUGGAUUUGCACGGAUUGAUUAGAAUACUGUCUGAAGAAAACUAAAUAGUCCCGCUUUAUAAUGAUCUGAUAAAAUUUAUUUCAACUGCAACAGGCGUGGAUUUUUGUUUGAUUACCUGAAUAAAUACUUAAGUAGAAUUGAGUUUAUAUGAUGAACAAAUGCAGUUCAAUUGUGCAGGCUAAUAUAAGAAAGAAAACUUGAACUCUAUUUUUAUUAUUAAUGAAGUUUUAAUGUAAAGCAGAACGAUGUGUAGACUGUAUAAUUAUCCCGUUUUUCAUUUGUAAAUUGUGCAAGAAAAAGUGUCGCUAUUGCUGUGGUUGUUGUUUGUGAUUAAAACUAAUGAACAAGUGGAAA